UAGACUCUCCUACAGGACCCUGUGGCGUUGUACUGACACCUCCUAUGGGAGCAGCAGCAGCAACUUCUAGGGCCGUCCUUUUCACUGUGGGGUCACCUCCACAUAGUGCCACAGCCCCCGCUUGUACCCAUAUGGUCCUUCGAACAAGAACGACUUCAGUGGGGUCCAGCAGCUCUGGAGGCUCCCUCUGCUCCGCGAGUGGCCGUGUGUGUAUGGGCUCCCCACCUGGUGUGUGUUCAGGAUCUUCCCCUCCACGAGCAGAGGCAGCUCCCAGCCUGAGGUACAUGCCUUAUGGUGCUUCACCCCCCAGCUUAGAGGGGCUCAUCACCUUUGAAGCUCCUGAACUGCCUGAGGAGACACUGAUGGAGCGAGAACACACAGACACCUUACGCCAUCUGAAUAUGAUGCUGAUGUUUACUGAGUGUGUCCUGGAUCUGACAGCCACGCGGGGAGGAAACCCAGAGCUGUGCACAUCUGCUGUCUCCUUGUACCAGAUUCAAGAGAGUGUGGUUGUGGACCAGAUCAGCCAACUGAGCAAAGACUGGGGGCGGGUGGAACAGCUGGUAUUAUACAUGAAAGCAGCACAGCUGCUAGCAGCUUCUCUGCAUCUCGCUAAAGCUCAGAUCAAGUCCGGGAAGCUGAGUCCUCCCACGGCUGUGAAACAAGUUGUCAAAGAUCUGAAUGAACGAUAUAAAUUUUGCAUCGCCAUGUGCAAGAAACUUACAGAAAAGCUGAAUCGCUUCUUCUCUGACAAACAGAGAUUUACUGAUGAAAUCAACAGUGUAACUGCAGAGAAACUCAUCUAUAAUUGUGCUGUAGAAAUGGUUCAGUCUGCAGCCCUGGAUGAGAUGUUUCAGCAGACUGAAGAUAUUGUUUAUCGCUAUCAUAAGGCAGCCCUUCUUUUCGAAGGACUAACUAAGAUUUUACAGGACCCUGCAGAUAUUGAAAAUGUACAUAAAUAUAAGUCCAGUAUUGAAAGAAGAUUGUCAACACUCUGCUGUAGCACCGUGACGAUGUGAGCAGCAGCAGGCUUACCCCGUGGACCAGUCAGUGGGAUUGUGAGGUUUUGAUUCUUGGAGACUGUCAUGCAGGCUGCCAGGAGCAUGAAUGUUGAGCGACGAUUCCUGUCCCUCCUUGCAGGGGGUUAUAAACACUGUUGUUACUGAUAAUGUAUUUUGUAUAAUUUUUCGGAGUUUACAGUGCAGUUUCAUUUGUUAUCUCAGUUAUCACCUGUGUUAUCUCAGUUGCUCCUCCAUGUGGGUAGGUUUAUUUUCUCCCUUCCUCCCCCCCCCCCCGUUUUUUUAACACACAUGAAACAGGCUCAGAGAGUGUAUCAGGUAACUAAAGAAGUGGCUAAAGCUGUGUGUUGUGACUUUCAAUUUCAUUUUUCUUCCUCUGUGUAAUAAAGCGCUUGUGGUAGAUGGUAUGUGUGAAACAGUUAUGUCUAAACAGCAGGGAAGAACAAAUUGUAAAGUCAUGGAUAAUGGUUCUGAUUAUACUUCCCUUAUCAAGGCUAAUUGUUUGAAGAGAUUUUGCCUUGAUUAUAGCAAUAAUAAACAAAUGCUUUAUGCUUCAAAAAAAAAAAAAGAAGA